CGCGCAUGCGCAGUGGCGGCUCGUGCGCUCAGCCGGUGGUGUUUACGGCUCCGGAGGGCGGCGGGACGGGCCCGGGAGGGGAGCGGCGUAAACCGGGCCGGGCCGCGCCGCUGCUCAGCUUUAGUGCUUACAGCAAACUCCUGACGAUGGGAGGCGCAGUGAGCGCGGGAGAAGAUAACGACGAAUUGAUUGAUAACCUGAAGGAGGCACAAUACAUCCGGACAGAGCUGGUGGAGCAGGCAUUCCGAGCCAUUGAUCGAGCAGAUUACUACCUGGAGGAGUUCAAAGACAAUGCCUACAAGGAUUUGGCCUGGAAGCAUGGCAAUAUUCAUCUCUCGGCGCCGUGCAUUUACUCUGAGGUGAUGGAAGCUUUGGAUCUGCAGCCAGGGCUGUCAUUUUUGAAUCUUGGCAGUGGCACUGGUUAUCUGAGCUCUAUGGUUGGACUCAUCUUGGGUCCUUUUGGUGUUAACCACGGUGUGGAGCUUCAUUCCGAUGUGAUCGAAUAUGCCAAGCAGAAGCUGGACUUCUUCAUUAAAACCAGUGACAGCUUUGACAAAUUUGAAUUCUGUGAGCCAUCUUUUGUUACUGGCAAUUGCUUGGAGAUUUCUCCUGACUGUACUCAGUAUGACCGUGUUUACUGUGGUGCUGGUGUCCAGAAGGAACAUGAAGACUACAUGAAAAACCUCUUGAAAGUUGGGGGAAUUCUUGUCAUGCCUCUAGAAGAGAAGCUGACUAAGAUCACUCGUACUGGCCCUUCUGCCUGGGAGACCAAGAAGAUUCUGGCUGUGUCCUUUGCUCCUUUGAUUCAGCCCAACCAGGCAGACUCAGGCAAAUCUCGGCUUGUUCACCUGCCGCCCGUGGCUGUUCGCAGCCUGCAGGACUUGGCUCGCAUAGCCAUCAGAGGAACCAUCAAGAAGCUCAUCCAGCAGGAGAGCCUGGGCAGGGCCGGGAGCGGGCUGAAGAACCCGCCGCGGUUCAAGCGCCGCCGCCUGCGCCGCCGCCGGAUGGAGACCAUCGUCUUCCUGGACAAAGAGGUCUUUGCCAGCCGCAUCUCCAACCCCUCGGAUGACAACAACAACAGCGAGGAGAUGGAAGAGGAGAGGCGUGAAGAGGAGGAAACCAAACCUUCUGAACUCAAGCCAGAUCCCCCUGUAAACUUCUUGAGAGAAAAGGUCUUGAGCCUGCCUUUGCCUGACCCCUUGAAGUAUUACCUGCUGUAUUACAGGGAGAAGUAAUUCCCUUCCCCUAGAGAGAGGGAAGUAGGCAGAAGAUGCUACUUAGGGCUUGACAAAUGUAUACCACUUGCUUGCCUGCUAAAAGACCACCCAAGGCAGUAGGCUAGCUGGGGAAUGUGGCUCCUGUACACUUAAACUUGUUAGCUUUUGGUUUUUUUUUAAUUGAAUUUCUUCUUUCUCCUCAGUUGUGUGCUAGAGUUUUAUCCUACAGCAGGGAUUCCUUAGGAAGCAAGUUGGUGAAAUGCUCAGCUGCUGCUGGAAAGGAGGAUUGAAGUCCCUGAGGCUAACUGUGCAAAGACACUGAAUAUCUCGUGGCUGCUCUGCUGAGUUGCAAUGUUAAGUACUUCUAAGCAGCUCCCUAAAGACCUUGGCUGUCUCUGCUCCCUCCCACCACACCUGCCUCAUGUUCACUGUGGGGUGUGUUUAAGGGAGGAUGAAGAUCAUUAGUGAAAACCAACCUGGGCAAAAAUUGUUUCUUCCAGUCCUCAGCUUGGACAGGAAUGAAGGAAUGCUUCGUGUUAACCCUUGGUGCCAUCUGGGUUUUGAACAAGAAGGAAACCAUCAGCUCCCCUUUGGUUGGUCUCAGUUUUGCUUAGAAACGAGCUGCAGUUUGUCAGUGAAAGGUGAAGAGGUACAAAUGGUUUAGAGAGUUUUGGUUUUCCUGGUGGGGAAACAGCUGCUCUGGUGAAGUGGUCUGAGAGGGGCAGAGUUGGUGCUUGGUUUCGUUUGUAAAGUGGUGGAGGCAAAGAAAGAGAUGCAAACCUGAUCAGCUUUGGCAGGAUGCUGGGAGAGUUAGGGCUGGGGCUGCUGUCUGUGGAGAUGUUUACUCUUAAGUGGGGAAGAGGGUAGAGAGGAGAAGCAGAGCAGUGAGGUGGUGAGAACUUGACUGUGAAAGCAGAAUCUGGGUUUUGCUGCUGUGUGAGAGCUCUGCUGGGCUGAAGAGUGUGGAGUGAGGCAUGCUAGGCUGAGCAGAGCUCUUUGUGUCCUGCUAAAUCAGCCAAAUGGAGUUUUGUGGAGGCUGUCUAGAACCUGAGAACAGUCUAGAAAGCCACACUGGUGCAGGUGUUAGUGCACCUGAGCGUGUGCACCCUGCAAAGUGGCUGGAGCACAGCUUUGUGCACACACCUUCCACCUGCAUAGGUGGAGUGAAGUUGAUCCACUUGCUAGGUGAUUUUUAUUCCUGCAGCAAUCAAAUAGAUGUUUUUAACAGGCUCAUGCAGAAGAACUUGACACCCUGCAGCUCUGUGGAUGUGACCUCUUCACUUUUUAUCCCCAGGUCUUCCUGAAAUGGUGAUGGAAGGAGGUAGGUUUAGGAAGGGAAGUUUGGAUCUGCCUGUUAGAAGAAUCUACCUAAACUGGUAGAGGCUGGAGAGAAACCUUCGUCAAACACUCCUAAAACUGGGAGAGAGGUUAAAACCACCCCUCUGAAUAGGUCAUGAGGCUAUGGUAAGGCUUUGCCCCAUCAGAAGGGCUUCAGUUGGGUGUCUCUUUGAUAUCUUUUUGGGCUCAUUUUUGUCUUGGGCUGGCACCUCGUGUGAGGAGGACUGGCCAAAAACCCGCUGGGUUCUCGGUUAGCGGUGCCGAGUUGCACAGCUUGCUUAGUGACAAACAGCAGCUCCAAAAUAAACAGAUAACUUUUAUGUCCUGAGUGUGAGGUGGAGAAUUCUUCCUUGCUCUUCAGUUUUUGGGUGUAUUUCUAAGGGUGCCAGGUAAUGUGGUGUCUGCCGUGCAACUGCUGGUGCAUAACACGGUUGUAGGCUGUGUUUUGCUUCUGCUUUCCCAAGUCUCCACUGCUGGCCUCAGUACACCCCAAAAUAUCUUGCUCUUUCAGGUUUUUGUUUCUUUGGUUAAACAGGGCAGUUCUGUGGGCGCUCAGCUGAUGGUUUCCUGCACACCUGCAAAUACCCUUGGUGUGAAUCUAGCAGCUGCCACAGAUUUCCCUCUGAAGCUGGUGGUGAAUAGAGGCUUAACGUACUCAAUGUGUGAUAGCUCUCUGUGCCUUCCCCACAGGCUGUCACCUCCAUCUGGGAGGCUUUUCUGCUCUUUAGCUGUCACACUAGGUGCCUUUCUGAAUUGUGGCACAGUUUUGUACCCCUGCAGAGCACAGAGUGCUCCUGCUUCUGGCUACCAGGUUGUACUUCAGUUUGUUGAUUAAGAAAUUUCUUUUAAAGCAGCUGCUUUAAAAAUUAACCUGCACUUUUGGCUUUGGUUAUAGUUAAAUCUAGAAGAGGGCAGGUUGAGGCUGGAGGUUAGGAAGAAAUUCUUGACAGUGAGAGUGGGGAGACACUGGCACAGGUUGCCCAGGGAGGCUGUGGAUGCUCCCUCCCUGGAGAUGUUCAAGGCCAGGUUGGAUGAGGCCUUGAGCAACCUGUUCUAGUGGGAGGUGUCCCUGCCUAUGGCAGGGGGAUUGGAACUGAAUGAGCUUUGAGGUCCCUUCCAACUCAAACCAUUCUAUGAUUCUGUGAAGGCCUUGCUGAGACCCUGUUAAAGCUGACCAGUUGUGGGAGAGUUCAUUAUCAUUUAUCCCUGUUGGGUUUUUACCCCCAUCCUACCCCUAGUUGUCAGAACCUCAUUUAGCAGAUUUUUCUUUCACCAGAUUUGCCUUUGUUUGUUUGUUUGUUUGUGUUUCAUUUAUUACAUCUGCUAGAUUUUUUGGGUAGCUUUCUAUGAGAUGCCUAAAGGAAAACAUUGCUAUUUUUAUUUUCCCCUAGAGAUUAUUGACUCAAUAAAUAUUUAGACAGGGAAUUUAUGUUUGGGCUUGUCAGAUUGUCCCCAAACCCCACAGAUCCAAACAAACCCCAUAGCAGAAGUGUGCUGUGUAGUUAACAACUGUGAGCUGCUAUUGCUUAUAGCCUGGAAUCAAAAGGCAACUAAAUCCAUUUCCCCUGUGCCACUGUAGUUUUCUUUGUGGAUUAACUACAGGCUAAGUCUGGAAGCUGUCUGGGGAUUUUUACCUGCUUUAUUUCCCUUCCUGCUCUAAUUUUUCCUCUUCAUUUUAACUGGAUCUGCUAUCUCCUUUUAGGAUUUCAGUACCACCAUGAACUUGCAAAGAGGACUGAACUUGAAGCUGCUUUAAUCAUUAGUGUGUAAGUUACCAACCAAACAACAGAUCUCUCUGUAGAAACUAGAGUGGAAUUGGCCUGAGGCAUGCACAAGUGUUACUCAACUUCAACUUUAAGAAGUGUUUCUGUAUCAAUACAUUCAGUAAAGACUUUUUAGCCUUCUUA